CGCCUGACCUGCCUGGAGGAGGGGUACGGCGCCCAGCUGGAGGCCCUGAAGACGGAGUUUGAGGCUGAGAGGAGGACCAUCCUUGAACAGCACGAGCGAGAAAGCUGCUACCUGCGGGACGUGGCGCUGGCUGCGGAGCAGAACUACACCAAGAAUGACCAUGAGGCCACGCUGAAUUUCCAGAGCACCCGGGAUGACAUCAAGAACAAGAGCUUGCAGGAGAAGCAGUACAGCCGCAUGCAGCUGGGCAGGAAGGCGGAGGCGCUCUGGGAGCAGUUCCAGCGGGCCAUGCAGAGCUACACGGAGGCCACCGAGCACCAGAAGAUCGCUUUUGAGGCACUGAAGCAGAAGGACAAGAAGAGCUCCAGGGAGAUAGAGACGCAGGCGAAGAAGCUGCAAAAGCUCCAGGACUCGGUCGCAGCCACCAAGGGUCAGAUCACGGCUCACCUCCGGGAGAGUGAGCAGCAGAACCGGCGUGCACGGGAGGAGAAGGAAAGGGUCCUCAGGCAGCUCCAGGAGCUCAAGAGGGACAUGAACCAGGCCAGGGCGAAGGCCCGUGACAGCCUGGCCAGGCUCACCAUGCAGAGCAGUGCUGCCCUGAAGGCGCUGGUGCGGGUGGUGGAGAAG